AUGAGGAUCACAUCGUGUUACUUUAAAAGAUUCAUAAUAAUUGCAUUGAUCAUUGUAUUCAUAUUUUAUAUUGGUCAAGUACUUAGAUCUGAAUUAAGAUAUAACGAUGACUUGUCAAAUUAUGACAAACUAGAUGGAGUUCCUGCAUGUAAGCUACCAGAAUUGAAGGUUUCUAAUCCAGAGAUAAUGAAAUUUAUACAUAAUGUACCCCCCAUAGUUUGUACUCCCCAAGAUUGGGUAAAAGUUAAUAAAACAAGACUCAUAGUCGAUAAAGAAAUACAAAAUAAGUAUGGACGAUUGAUGUGCACGUUUAGUGAAAUAAUCAGAAUAGAUGAUAACAAUAUUAAGUAUUCGGAACCAAUAGAAGCUGAUGAUUUCUAUAUUCCCAGACAUAGCGAUUUUGUCGACGUAAAAUGUACUUCGGAGAAUGGAAACAAAUGGCAUAGCGUCUUAGCUGGAGUGAAACAAGAUUUAGAAAUAAAAAAGAAGUAUACUUGGGAUAAUGUUCCAAAUACUGCACUCAAAUUAAACGUAUUAAUGUUUGGUUUUGAUUCUUUAUCACGUAAUACGUUUAUCCGAAAAUUGCCUAAAACAUAUGAGUAUCUGAAGACAAAUUUAAAUACUUUAGUUUUGGAAGGUUAUAAUAUAGUAGGUGAUGGUACACCACAAGCUCUAAUUCCUAUUCUUACGGGCAAAAUAGAACUUGAAUUGCCAGAGACGCGUAAACGUAUGGGUCAGAAAGCACAAUAUGUUGAUGUAUAUCCAAUGGUAUGGAAAGAGUAUAAAGAAAAGGGAUAUAUAACAGGAUUUAUGGAAGACGUUUAUCACAUUGGAACAUUCACUUAUCGUUUAAAAGGUUUUAAAGAGCAACCCACAAAUCAUUAUAUGAGAACAUUUUACUUAGCUGCUGAGCAGUAUUUUCGUAAUUACAAUAAAUAUUGUAUGGGAAGUAUUCCACGUCACGUGGUUAUGCUAAAUUACAUGAAAUCUAUUUUUGAUACUUACAAAGACGAGCCUAAAUUUCUAUUUGGUUUUCACGGUGAAUUAUCUCAUGAUUCUUAUAAUGACAUUGGUGCUGCAGAUGAAGAUGUAUAUCAUUGGGUAAAACAGUUACAAGAUUCUGGUCACUUAAAUAAUACUGUUUUAAUAUUAAUGAGCGAUCAUGGACAUAGAUUUGCAGAAAUUCGUAAUACUUUGCAAGGUAAACAAGAAGAACGAUUGCCAUUCUUUUCUUUCACUUUUCCACCAUGGUUCAAACAAGUCUAUCCGCGUGCCUAUGAAAAUUUCUUACAUAACACGAAACAUUUGACAACACCGUUUGAUGUACAUAAAACAUUACAAAGUAUAAUUAAUUAUGAAACUCCAAAAGAAGGAGAUCGUUUUCAAAGGGCCAUUAGUUUAUUCGAUAAGAUACCCUUGGAGAGAACAUGCGCGAAUGCAUUCAUAGAACCACAUUGGUGUGCUUGCCUUACUUGGAAAGAAGUACCAGUUGAUAAUCCUAAUGUUAUUGCUGCUGCUAAGUAUUUUAUUCAAUUCCUUAAUUCCUACACGGAAGAUCAUCGUGAUAAAUGUGAAAUUUUACAAUUGAAUCAAAUACUAUGGUCUGUUAAACUUUUACCCACUAAAGGUUUAUUGAAUUUUCAAAAAUCUGGAGAUCAAGAUGGCUUUGUAGCAGAUCUUACUGCAAAAACUAAGAUAACAUCUGAGAUAUAUCAAAUAAAAGUAAAAACAGAACCAGGUGGUGGAUUAUUUGAAGCGAGUAUUACUUAUAACGUUAAAAAGAAUCUUUUCAAUACCAAAAUUGUACCAAUUUAUUGCAUUCACAAUGAAUCAAAAACAAUUUCGUGUUUCAAUUUUACACUGCUUCUUGAUGGACAAAAAAAUACCGUUCAAGCGAAGCAAUGGCUUAAAAAGUGUUAUGGGGACUCCACUCUAUCAGAAACAACAAUAAAACGUUUGUUUGCUGACUUCAAACGUGGUUGUAGAGAGACACUGAUGAUGCAGAACGCAGUGGACGUCUAA